AUGGCCAUUGAGACUUCAAUGCUUUUUGGGUCACGUGAUAGGGAGCCGCUCUGUGCCUGCUCUCUGUGGCCUGGCAGAACAAGCCUGGACUGGCGGCUGAUGUUUACCGUGUGGGAAACAGGACUAGAUGUAAAUAAGGAAGGGAGGGAGCGCUCCAGGUGAGGAACGGACAGGGAAUGGGGAGUGUUCGUUCGUUCGUUCAGAUUCGGGGAAACAGGCAACUCCUGUGUGCCUGCUCCAGUUGAUGCAUUGUCCCACAGGGCUCAUCAUGGCACAGCAACGUGGGGUCAACAGCCUGCGCUUCAACCAAGAUCAGAGCUGCUUCUGCUGUGCUAUGGAGACUGGUGUUCGGAUUUAUAAUGUGGAACCUCUCAUGGAGAAAGGACACCUUGAUCAUGAACAGGUGGGCAGUGUCGGAUUGGUUGAAAUGUUACACCGAUCUAAUCUCCUUGCUAUUGUGGGUGGAGGUGGCAAUCCCAAAUUCUCUGAGAUCUCAGUCUUGAUCUGGGACGAUGCCCGUGAAGGGAAAGAGGGCAAAGACAAAUUGGUGUUGGAGUUCACCUUCACCAAGCCGGCACUGGCUGUCCGCAUGAGGCAUGACAAGAUCAUCAUUGUGCUGCGGAACCGAAUCUAUGUCUAUUCCUUCCCUGAUAACCCCACCAAGCUCUUUGAGUUUGACACCCGAGACAACCCCAAAGGUCUCUGUGAUCUCUGUCCUAGCUUGGAGAAGCAGCUGCUGGUUUUCCCUGGGCACAAAUGUGGCAGCUUGCAGCUAGUGGAUCUUUCCAGCACCAAGCCUGGUACCUCAUCCGCCCCAUUCACCAUCAAUGCCCAUCAGAGUGAGAUUGCCUGCAUCUCUCUGAACCAGCAAGGCACCGUUGUGGCCUCUGCCUCUAAGAAAGGGACCCUCAUCCGCCUCUUUGACACACAGACCAAGGAGAAGCUUGUGGAGCUCAGGAGAGGAACAGAUCCGGCUACCUUGUACUGCAUUAACUUCAGCCAUGACUCUUCAUUUCUCUGUGCCUCCAGCGACAAAGGGACCGUCCACAUCUUUGCCCUGAAGGACACCCGCUUAAAUCGCCGUUCAGCAUUAGCACGUGUGGGAAAGGUUGGGCCCAUGAUAGGCCAGUACGUUGAUUCUCAGUGGAGUCUGGCCAGCUUCACUGUGCCAGCUGAGUCUGCCUGCAUCUGCGCUUUUGGCAGGAAUACUUCAAAGAACGUCAACUCAGUUAUUGCUAUCUGCGUGGAUGGCACUUUCCACAAAUAUGUCUUUACUCCAGACGGCAAUUGCAACCGUGAGGCCUUUGACGUCUACCUGGAUAUAUGUGACGAUGAUGACUUUUGAGCACAGCUGAGCCCUUGCUGUGGGCAGACAGAAGCAUGCUAGGCUCAAGGGCAAUGUGGGAAUGUUUGCUGCAGACCCAGGCUGAGAAAGAAUAAUGUUCUGCUGGGAAUCCCACAAGACUUUUGUGACGGUGUGGGACAGAUACCCAGAGAACACUUUGAUCCUUCAUCUCUCAGUCCUGCCACCUUGGGUGUCCUGUUUUUUAUGUUGCCUUUCCUCAGCUACCCGACUCAUGUGGAACCAGUGAGAAGGCCCAGAAGGUGGAAAGAGAACUUUUCAAAUACUGUUCAGCCUGGAUUUUGGAAGCCAGGAAAGCAAGCACUUCUGCUACGUCUGGAUGUUACCAGCACUUGGCGAACAUUUUAGGGGGGGUAGAGAAGGGGCAGAGCUAUCAUUAAAGUUCAAGUGCAAAUGUU